CCGUGUUCGUCGACUCGCCCCCAAAUUCAGCAUUGUUAUACACCCACCACAGGCGAUAUAGACGCCCCGCCCGACCCCAUCCCCCCUCGAGUCCUCUGAAUGCUGCUCAUACGGCGCAGAGUCUCCAAUCUUAUGUCUACCUCAAAUCCUCCGGCUCUGGCCAGUCCUUCGAGCCAAUACUCCUCACCGCCCAGGCUGUUUCAUAGCGAUCCCGUCUCAAAUCGCGAUAGACGUGCUUCUCCCCAACCUCGACGCGGCUACAGCCCCUCAUGGCCUGUCGAUUCCUCCUCGCCCCCACCCGUGCCCGAAUGGCGAGCCCGCCGCCAUGUACCUGGGGCGUUCAAACACUACGACCAUCAUUACCAAGAGCCUUCUCGCCAAGUACAGAGUCAAAUGGGCUCCGAUGGCAGGCCGGAGCGGAGAUACGUGAUCAACUCCGAUGAUGGCUUUCCGGGAGCUUUCAGAAGAUCGAGAAGUCCCUCUAGAAGACGGGAGCACUUCAAAUCAGAUCCUCCUAUAGUUAAUCUCCCCCCAGAUGACUAUCUCGAAUUCGCAAAGCCGACAAGCGAAAACAAGAACACUCUGAUAUCAGACAAAAUCAUACCCAAAUUGUUGGUUCUCGACCUGAACGGUGCUCUCGUAUACCGCCGAAGAUCAUCAGGCGCUACCCCCCUGCCGAGACCUUACUUGUGUUGUUUUCUGGAAUACCUCUUCCUUCCUGAACCAGACCAUGCCGACAGUCCACGCCCGUGGGAGGUGUUUGUUUGGUCCUCAGCCCAGCCGCAUAAUGUGCGGGCAAUGGUCGAGGCUUGUUUCGGGCAAAAAUGGAUUGAGGGUGUCUGGGAGGAUCAGACGGAGACAAGUGUUGAUGCUAUGAAGGCAGGGGAGGGUAGAUUAAUAGGUGUCUGGGCCAGAGACAAGAUGGGCUUGAGUGGGCAAGAUUAUUCCAGAAAAGUUCAGACCACCAAGAAUCUCAACCUUGUUAUCGAUCAUCUCAAUCAGACUACCCAUUUCAAUCAACCCCUCUACUUCUCCCAAAAGACAACGGUCCUCCUGGACGACUCGCCCCUCAAAGCCGUUUUUCAACCGUGGAGCCAGAUCGUCAUUCCCGAAUUCGAUGAACAGGUGAAUCUCACCAGUCGUUUAGCUGCAGGGAUCAACCCUAAAUCUGGAGCCACACCCGACCAGGAAACCGCUGGGGAGUCUCAAGAAGAGAUGGACGAAGUGCUACUGGCUGUCAUUGGAAUUCUCGACGAGCUACGCUACGUCUCCAACGUUCCUUUCUGGGUGAGGUCUGGCGGGCUGGACCUUGCUCUCAAUGUGGAUGGUGUCGAAGAACCGACAGUUGAAACACUACCAUCGCACGAGACGUUCGAACAUUGGUACAAAGACAAGGAGCUUCAUGCCAAGUGGGUGGAGAAGGGGAAGGAGGCGUUGAAGAGAAAGGGUAUAGAGGUCAGACAUGGAUUAGUGGGGAAUGCGGCGAGAUCACCAGGCUCGCCGAGGGAGCCGCGCUCUCCCAGACUGCCAUAUCCUGAACCCCGCCCAAUGCAAUCCGACAUCUCUUUAUCCUCCGCGACGUCCGACAUGCCGUUCGACAAGGAAGAGAGCGCUUUCGCGAGAAGAAAGAGGUUGGCCGAAGAGAGAGCUGCGAAAGAAGCUGCCGGUAUCCCUCUGACACAGAAGGAGAAGAAGGAAGCCAAGAAAGCGCGAUCCAAAGCGCACGUUCUAGUGGACGAGGCAGCUCAGAAGCCGAGACCGCCCCCAGCAUCUCUUCCUCAUAGGCCAGUUGCUAGCCAAAGGGAAAAGAGCCAUGGGCGAUCCAAUCCACCUCACACCGUGAGCAGAACUGGAACCAUCCUCCCAGACGUGACUAUCACGCAUACGACGACUCUCUCCGGAGACAGGGAGCGCUUCCUCCUCGUCCCCCUUCUCCAGCCCACGACUACCCAGAAUCAUAUCGCCGAGAGAGGAAUUGGUCGCCCUCUCACCAACAUCAUCUCCCACCACCCCCUGCUCCUUACCUUCCUCCACAAAGGCAAGGCGACUACAGACACGACGCGCGUGGAUACCCUCCAUCCGCCCCGCGGGCACCGGCAGAAGGGUACUACUUUGAUCGACGCGAGUGGCGAGAUCAUCGACCGCUUGCUGCAGAUGCUUCUCUGCCUGUGA